UCAUUGGCAUUGAUUGCCAGUAUUCUACCACUUACCCAGUCAUCUGGCUUGGAUACUGCGGCUGUUGCUCUCGGCAAGGUGUACUUUGGGACAGCAACUGAUAACCCAGAACUGACUGACACGGCUUAUGUGAAACAAUUGAAUAACACACAGGAUUUUGGUCAGAUCACGCCUGGAAAUUCUCAAAAGGUGUGGGAUGCAACCGAGCCAACCCAGAAUACCUUCACAUUCACCAAUGGUGAUGUGAUUGCCGACCUGGCGGAGGCCAAUGGCCAGAAGUUGAGAUGCCAUAAUCUUGUAUGGUAUGAACAGUUACCUAGUUGGGUGACAAGUGGUACUUGGACCAACGCAACACUCCUUGCAGCCAUGAAAAACCACAUCACAAAGGUAGUCACGCACUACAAAGGCCAAUGCUACGCAUGGGAUGUUGUAAACGAAGGCCUCAAUGAAGACGGCACGUACCGCGAUAAUAUAUUUUACCAAUACAUAGGCGAAGCCUAUAUCCCCAUCGCAUUCGCAACAGCAGCAGCCGCCGACCCAAACGUCAAACUCUACUACAAUGACUACAACAUCGAGUACGCAGGUAGCAAGGCUACAGCCGCACAGAACAUCGUCAAACUAGUCAAGUCCUACGGCGCCAAGAUCGACGGUGUAGGUCUACAAGCUCACUUCAUUGUGGGCAGUACACCGAGCCAGAGUAGUCAGGCAAGUAACAUGGCUGCAUUUACCGCUCUGGGCGUGGAGGUCGCGAUUACGGAACUGGAUAUCCGGAUGACGCUCCCUGAGACGGAUGCUUUGCUUGCGCAGCAGAAGACUGACUAUUCGAAUACUGUGGCGGCUUGUGUGGCCACGAGCGGAUGUGUGGGAAUUACCAUUUGGGAUUGGACGGAUAAGUACUCUUGGGUUCCGAGUACUUUCUCGGGGCAGGGUGCUGCAUGUCCUUGGGAUGAGGAGUUUGUAAAGAAACCUGCUUAUACGGGGAUUUUGACUGCUUUGGGUGGGACUGUGACUGGUACGGCUACUUAUUCGCUUAGUGCCACGACAACUGCUACUAUUACUAGUACCAGUACUGGGUCUAGCUCGACUGGUGUGCAGGAAUGGGGCCAAUGUGGCGGUGAGAAUUGGACUGGGGGGACGACUUGUGCUGAUGGCUAUAAGUGUACGUAUGUUAAUGAUUGGUAUUCGCAGUGUCUGUAA